UUAAGUAAUUCGCUUUAGCCGGACUUCGCGAUUCCGCCUGCCCGUACCUGUCAAUUCCCAGUCCAGUUUGAAAUGUACAAAGUAAUUUAUAAGUUAAUAUGUAGCACAAAUACUCAUAAACGUCGUUUUUAAUCCCUCUUUUUAUUUCUACACACUUUUUAAGCAUGUUUUUCGACCAAAGCGGGCUUGCGGUGGCGGCGCCGCCCCCGGACGUGCCCGAACUGAUGGGGAUCGAGUCAGAAUACGUCCAAACGCAGUGUAUUCUAGCGGAUGGGGGCGACCGAUUCGGGGUGAGCGCCCUGGCGUUUGACCGCUAUGAGGAGCUCCUCUGGAUGGGCAACCAGGGCGGCCACGUCACGUCCUACUACACCGGCGCUAUGCAGAAAUACACCUCGUUCCAAAUCCACGCGACUGAAGACGUGCGACAGGUACUUACAAUAAACGAGGGGGUUUUAGGGCUAACUUCCAGUAGUCUAAGGUAUCAGAUAAGGCGCGGGAUCCCCGUCUUCACCCACACUUCUGCCAACAUGUACGAAAUGCAAUGUAUGCUACAAGUGGGGGCGACGAGGCUCCUGAUGGGGGGGCACCACGGCAAACUGAUCGAUUUUAACAUCGAUUUGUGCAAGGAAAUGCAAGUUGUUGAUGUGGGGGAGCCUGGCUGCGUUAUGUUGCGCCCCCAUAGUAGGUUUGUUUGCGCGGGGAACCCCUUGGGCAGGAUUGACCUGAGGGACCCCAACACACUCAACACUGAACAUACGCUAGAGACGCACAGUGGCAGUCUGAGCGAUUUUGACGUCCAGGGGAACCUUCUGGUGACUUGUGGCUUCAGCAAUAGGCACGGCAACCUGACCGUGGACCGCUUCCUGAUGGUGUACGACCUGCGCAUGAUGCGCGCCGUGACGCCCAUCCAGACCGUCCUAGACCCUCUGUACUUGCGCUUUUUGCCGUCGGUGUCGUCGCGCUUGGCCGUGGUUUCGGCCCUUGGUCACGCCCAAAUUUUAGAUACAGUGGCCUUUGCUGAACCUCGGCUCUGUCUAAUGCAGAUGGACAGUCCUGCAAUGUGUCUAACCUUUGACAUCAGCGCCACCAGUCAGGCCCUAGCUUUCGGGGACAGUACCGGCUCGAUUCACUUGUUUUCGUCAACGGCCCAGCCGUUGUUCAAUUCCUAUUCGCGGAUGACCGAACAUGGGGAUCCCCUAGUUACGUACCCCAGUUUUGCGAUUGAUGAUUUUGAGACGCCGUUGGCUGUGAUUCCCAUGCCGAUUUGUCACGACGGGCUGUCGUCAGACUGGCCCGAACAUCUGAUGAAAAAGUGCUACAGGCGUCCGGUGGGCGUAGACCCGGAGGUGCUGCGCACGAUGAAGAUGAAGGGCCCGAUUGGCUACGCACCCAAUCCACGCACCACGAGGAGAAAUCAAGUCAUGUACGAGAUUGAUAAUAACAAAGCACGAGCGCUUAACAAACACGAUCGCAACGCGAAACUGGACGACUCUGAAGGUUUUAUAGCGAUUCCGAAACGUUACCGCAAAAUUGACGUCAAGUACAAUAAACUGGGCACGGAUGAGUGCCAAUUUGACCAGUUUAACAAAACAGGUCACACGGGACUCGAGGCGACGCUACCCAACGCCUACUGCAACGCCAUGAUUCAAGUGUUGUAUUACAUCGAGCCAAUCCGAGCCGUUCUCCUGUCCCAUUUGUGCAAUAAAGAAUUUUGUUUAUCGUGCGAAUUGGGUUUCUUGUUCCACAUGUUGCGAACAUCAUCGAACAAUUCGCCCUGUCAACCGGCCAACUUUCUACGAGCUUUUCGCACAAUUCCCGAAGCUUCGGCCUUGAGUCUUGUCUACAGCGACCUACCACCUGAUCAAAAAACAAAAAUAAAUCUAGGAGCUUUGAUUCAGUCUUGGAACCGCUUCAUUAUCCACCAACUGCACGUCGAACUUGCCGAAGCCAAAAAGAAAAACACCGAACGAAAAAACAACAAAACGCCGUUUUCGUACAACGUGACCGAUUUUCCCGCCAUAGACGACCGGAAAAAGUGUUCAGCAUCAGAAGUUAAUGCGAACAUGGAGCAGGAGAAGCGCGACAGUGAGAGUGAAAUUAUCCAAUUACUGGGCGCCAAACAAAUCCAAAAACACUCGUGUCUCAAGUGCAAACUCGAAGUAAAAAAAGAAUCGAUUUUACUCGUCUGCAACCUAAUCUAUCCGACCAAUGAACCGGAACGUGACGAAUGGAGUUUUUGCGAUAUUUUAACGCGUUCGCUUUGCUCGCAACAAACCACACCGGCGUGGUGCGAAGAGUGCAAGAAGUUCGCACCGACGCAACAAACACGCGUGCUCCAGUCGCUUCCCAAACUCUUGGCCAUUAACACGGGCUUGCACAACCCGCAGCAUAAGCAGUUUUGGCAAAGUCAGAUGGAUAAGGUUGUGGCUAAGGUCACGGAAAAUGCAGCUCCGCCAACAGCGCCCCAGAUUAAUAGUCUGAGUUCGUCAAAGCCGUGUCGUUACGGUGACCACUGUUCGCGGCCAGGGUGUCGCUUUAGACACAGUUUUGAUAAUGUUCCGCCCCCAGCACCUGUUAAUAAUCCAUACUGUAGUAACAAUUGGCUGCCGCAUUCGAUUUCGAUUGCGCUCAAAGAGGGCGAGUUGAUUAUUGAGAAAGUUGAGGAUAAGAAGGAAGUUGAGGGGGAAGAGAGGGUUGAAGAUGAGUUGUAUGAUUUAACAGCUGUUGUUUGUUAUAUUAAUGAUCCGGCGUCGAGUGAAAAACGUAAUAUUGUGGCGUUGAUUAAAGUACCGGAUUCGUAUUUGUCGGAGACAACGCAGUCGGAACAUAAGUGGUAUCUCUUUAAUGAUUUUAGUAUAUCGACAGUGUCGAUGCAAGAAGCUGUGUGGUUCAGUCUGGACUGGAAGAUUCCCUGUAUUUUGUACUACUCUUCGAGGGGGAUUUUGAAGGCGAAGUCCGAGAUUUCCCCGCCGAUUUCAAAGGAAGUCUUCACUGAAGACGCGUGCAUAGCCCGCAGUUGGGGCACCUCAGCAAUCACUUUCACACCACUAACAGACAACGAAUUCCCCAAAAAGGGCGACUUAGUCGCAAUGGAUGCGGAAUUUGUGACACUAAACCAGGAGGAGGCUGAGCUACGUAGUGACGGCAAAAUGUCAAUGAUAAAACCGUCGCAAAUGUCCGUUGCGCGAAUUACAUGCAUUCGGGGGUCGGGCCCCAUGGAGGGCGUCCCUUUCAUCGACGACUAUAUUUCCACGCAGGAACAAGUGGUUGACUACUUGACCAAAUUCUCGGGAAUCAAACCCGGGGAUUUGGACGCCAACUUCAGCUCAAAACACCUGACGACUUUAAAGUCCACGUACACAAAACUGCGCUUUUUGCUCGACAGUGGCGUUAUUUUCGUGGGGCAUGGGCUCAAGAACGACUUUAGGGUUAUUAACUUAGUGGUGCCUCCUGAGCAAGUUGCCGACACUGUGCAUUUGUUUCACCUACCUCAUCACCGGAUGGUGUCGCUGCGUUUCCUCGCGUGGCAUUUUUUGGGUGUUAAAAUACAGUCGGAAACGCACGAUUCGGUCGAAGAUGCCCGAGCUGCGCUACAUUUGUACAAGAAGUAUAAGCAACUGGACGCUCAAAGCAAGGUGGGCGAGGCGCUAGCCGAGCUGUAUGAGAGAGGCAAGCUGCUGAACUGGAAGGUGCCCGAGGAUUAGACGAGCCUUAAUUGUCAUGUGUUGUACUUUUUUAUAAAGUUUUACGUCUAUUUGCAGUUUUUUAACGUGUUGUAUCAUUCCAGUCUCGUUUGUCAAGGUGAAAUAAAAACAGUGUAAAUUAUUUUUUCAAAAUAAAUUACUUUUAUAUGGA